AAAGCUUAGAGUCUAUGAUCUGUUUGUGAUUAUGCUUUCAGCCUUAAAAGCUAGUUUGCUUUCGAGAAAUAGCUCAAGCGCUGUAUCUACCAAUUCGAGUUCAGUUCUGCAUACAUUCUUGCCUUCAUGUUCUGGUAGUAAUCACUGGUGUCGAUUCGCUUCUAUUUCAAGCCUUAAAGUCCCCUGGCGUAAAGACAGACAACUUGAUGAGGCAAUCGAACAAGAUAAAGCAUGGCGUCUGUGCAACAAAGUAGUUAAAGAAGUUUUAAACGAACCUGGACAUGUAAUUCCUCUCCGUUACCUUGAGAAAAGAAGAGAAAGAUUACGCGUCGCAGUUAAAAUCGAGACAUUCCUUGAUCGAAAUCCUGGACUUUUUGAUGUCUAUCUCGACAAAAUUAAGCCUACAACUCUACCAGUUCCAUUCCUUCGUGUCAGUGGUCGUCUUCAAAGUUUUCUCGAUGAAGAGAAACAGAUCAGAGAUGACAAUGAACAAUUGGUGGUGGCGAAGCUUUGCAAAUUGCUCAUGAUGUGUAAAAACAAAGUUGCUAGUGCUGAGAAAUUAGGAGAUGUCAAGCGGGAAUUUGGGUUUCCGAAUGAUUUUAUGUGCAAUUUAAUCCCCAAGUACCCAAAUCUUUUCCGGUUAGUUGGCAGUCCUGAUGAAGGUAAAUCAUAUUUAGAAUUGGUUUCUUGGAAUCCCGCGUUUGCUAAAUCUGUUAUAGAACAAAGAGCAGAAGAAGCAUCUAACUUAACAGGUAUCCGUAUUAGGCCUUCAUUCAAUGUGAAACUUCCCAAGGGGGUUUUACUAAAGAAAGAAAUGAGGGAAUGGGUCAGGGAUUGGAUGGAGCUUCCGUACAUAUCUCCUUAUGAAGAUGCUUCUCAACUGGACCAAGCGUCACCUGAAAUGGAGAAAAGAACAGUGGGAGUUUUCCAUGAAUUGCUUUCUCUAUCACUUCUAAAAAGAAUGCCAGUGCCAAUUCUAGGGAAAUUUAAGGAGGAAUACAGGUUUUCAAAUGCAUUUCCUAAUGUUUUCACUAGACAUUCUGGCAUUUUUUACACAUCUUUAAAAGGUGGGAUAAAAACUGCCGUACUUCGUGAAGCUUACGAAAAUGACCAAUUGAUCGAUCGAGAUCCUUUACUAGCGAUAAAAGACAAGUUUAUCGAGUUGGUAAAAGAAGGGCAUAGAGAAAGAGAGGAACAAGUGAGAUUGAAGAGAGAAGCAGCUCAAAAUGACAAGAAACAAGUAGCCGCUGAAGAUGUUCAUUUGGGCUCUGAACAAGGUUCAGAAUCUUGUGAUGAGACAAUAUGAAUCUCAAGCUGCUGAUUUUCUUAGUUCCUAAAUGCUUUCCUUAAUAAUUGAAAUAGAAUUGAUUUAUAUUGUUUGUAUUCAAAAGGUGGAUGAGCUAACGUGCAACAAACAACCCACCUGCUCCACUACUAAAUUAUAAGGUAAAACUGUUGGAACUGCAAUUUACUGUUUCAUUAAUUUUAUUAAUUUAUAGAUAUUGAUCUAA